GGUUUAAUUUGAAACUAAUAGACAGUGACGAGCUUGACGACGCGCCAAAAUCAAAAAUAGUGUAUGAUGGUUACAAGUAGGUUUUGAGUAUUGAUUUCGUUAUGGUUACUAAACUUAUUCUAUUUGUUUGAUGGGGCUGUUUGGCACGGGCGCGCAUGAUCCCCGUAAAUAUACACGUUGCGACACAAAUAUUACUAUAGCAACGGGAAGUAAACAAAGACAUGCCAAAGUCAUUUAUGAUACUCACUGUUUUUACCAGGUAGUUAGGAAAGUAAGUGAAGAAGUUAAACAAAUUGUACACUGAUAAUAUAUUUUCAAUUAUGAGAAAUGGAAAAGGAAUUGGAUCAAAGUAUAAUCAAAUCCACUCAAACAAGUCUUGGGAAGUAUGUGAAACGCCCGCCGUUGAGUGAUAAGUUAUUGAAGAAACCUCCAUUUAGAUUCUUACACGAUAUUAUAACGACGGUUUUGAAGACUACAGGAUUUUUCGAAGGUCUAUUUGAAGAAGAUGAACUGGUUUCCGAUAAUGUUAAGGAUAGAGAGAGUAAAAUAUUGUUUCUCAAUAAAGUCAUAUCGGUGGUCGGCUUAGCCAAUGGCAAACCAUUAUCGGUGAAGCCAUCAAAAAUAGUAGCAGGACAGGAACCUGAUAAAACAAAUGAGCUGCUUCAAUGUUUAGCUCAAGUUCUUGACAAAAAAAUAUCCUCUGAUGAAGCUGUAAGAAAAUAUAAGGAGAGUGUAAUAUCCGCACAAACAGCCAAAGAUACCAAAGCUAAAGAACCUGCAAAAACUACUAAGAAAAUCGCAGAAUCAAAUAAACUUACGUCAAGAAGUAAUGAAAAAUUAACUACUAAUCAGAAAAAAGAGAAAAGGGAUGGGUCUUUGGUUAAAAACGGUACGAAAGAAAAAGUAAGUAAAUCAAAAGACAAAGAAAGUACACUCAAGCAAGAAUCACCUCCAAAAGUAUCGUCACAAAAGCCAAAAGUAAUUAGCAAAAAAUCUUUAGUUGAAAAUGUAAAUCAGCCAGACAAUAACACUCAGUCGAAUAAAAAAUUGUCGAAAGCACCUAGUAAAGAUUUGACGAAUUCAUUAGAUAAUAAAGAUGAACCAGAAAAAAAUGGGAAACAAUCUGAAGCUGUUAAACAAGAACUUGAGCCCCAAGUACCGCAAGAACUUGAGCCAGAUGAACUAGUAAAAGAGAAGCUUGAUACUUCGUACACAAUUGCAGACACCGACUUAAAUUCUUCAUCCUCUCAAGAUUUACUAGAGACACAAAAUAAAUUUGAGGGUGAAGAAAAAAAUAAUGUUAAAACUCCUUUCCCUGAACCAGUAGCUUCUGAUGAAAAUCAUAGGGACAUACAAGUACACAGCGAAGAAAGAGUGCAUGAAAAUUUGCAGGAGAAAGAAGAAGAAAGAAGUGUCAACAAAAUACAGAACAAUAUAAAUUUAUUUCGCCAGAACAGUUCGGAGACUACCUAUAAUAAAAAUAACGAAAAUAGAAUUGCUUCAGCAAAUAAGCAUUCAAUAGUGGCUAGUCAGCCAGCUAGACCAACGAGUGUGAGGCCUUCAUCAUCGAGGCCGGGUGCACCGAGGUUGAGGGACAAACAUACUGGUGCAGCGCAAGGUCCAGAUAAUCUACUAGUGGGUAAAGUAAACAUCAUCACCGAGAACGCGCCCAAUGAAGAGGAUGAAGACACAAGCAUCAUUAUUGUAGAACAACCACAAGCCCGUAAUGCAUCUGUAGAGGAACCAGACCAGCUGGCAUUAAAUGAACAUGGACACUUAGUUCAACAGAUUUUGGAUUCGCAAAAAGAGUUUUCUCAAGUCUCUGGCAAAACUGAGAUUGAGUGGCAAUUUGGUGCCCAAAAGGCGAGAGAAGCAUCAAAUCAGGAGAUAGAACAAGUCAAAUUUAACAUACAAGCUGUUUCGCGCGCCGCGAAUCCGUUGGGAAAACUCCUUGACCACAUCCAGGAAGACGUGGAGGUGAUGCGCCAAGAACUGCAGCAAUGGACAAGAACUUAUGAUGAAACGUCAAAAGAGCUAGCCAAGCAGAAGGCAGCUAAUGAUGAUUCUUUGCUGCCUCUACAUACAAAAAUUAAAAACCUAGAUGCAGACAUCAAAGAAAAACAAGACAAAAUAGAUGACCUAAAGAUCGUUAUACACAAAAAUUCAUCUAGAAUCGAAAAGUUACUAGCAAGUGGGAGUGUGCAAUAAUGUUAAAUAUUUUAUAUGUUAGUUUAUAUUCCUCUUUAUAUGAAUAAAAAUGUAGAAGUAGAAAGGAUAGUUCUUAGUUAUUUACUUUUCAUACUUCCCUCAAGUUUCCUGGCUUAGAGUUGACUAGGUAUGGUUAAUAUGAUUUAUUUAACUGCAAGAAGCUAGAACAGCCAAGCACCUGAGGCCUUAACCAGGGCUAUGACUAGUAAUAAAUUCCACUGCGGUAAUAGAGACAUGAGCUAGAGAGAAGUGACAUGGUUACAACCAUACCCAGUCAACUGCAUAGAGAU